AUGGGUGUUACUGUUGCUCGUGAUCUCAACGGUCCCCAUGGUCUCUGCGUCAUCGACGAUGAUGAUAAUUCUAAGCAAACAACGAUCAUCAUUGCUGAUUCCUACAAUCAUCGUAUCGUCCAAUACAAGACAGGUAAUACAACGAAUGGGCAAAUCAUUGCUGGUGACAAUGGCCAAGGAGAUCAAUUGAAUCAAUUGAAUUCUCCAAUCGAUGUGUUGUAUGACAAAGAGACUGAUAAUCUCAUUAUUGCUGAUUGGGGAAAUCGACGAGUUCUUCGAUGGUCUCGUCGUAGUGGGACGAAACAAGGUGAAAUCCUCAUCGACAACAUUAAAUGUCAUGGAUUAUUCCUGAAUGAUCAGAGAAAUCUCUAUUGCACUGUUACCGAAAAACAAGAAAUAAGACGAUAUCAACUUGAUCAAAUAGGAGAAGACAAGAAGGGAACUCUCGUCGCUGGUGGCAAUGGCAACGGUGCUAAUCUCAAUCAACUUAACUGGCCGACUUACAUCUUUAUCGACCGGCAUCAGAAUGUCUACGUGUCAGACAACGGGAAUCAUCGUGUAAUGAAAUGGAAUAAAGAUGCACGCGGAGGAAUUGUCGUCGCUGGAGGUCAUGCUUAUGGGAAUGCUGUGAAACAAUUGUACCAUCCUAAUGGACUCUUCGUCGAUACGUCGGGUACUCUCUAUGUGGUAGAUUUUUAUAAUAAUCGAGUGAUGCGUUGGACUCAAGGAGCACAAGAGGGCACUAUUGUUGUGGGUGGAAAUGGCGAAGGAGCAGGAGCAAAUCAGUUCUCAUAUCCCACUAGUUUGUCCAUCGAUCGUCAUGGCAAUCUCUAUGUCGUCGAUAGGGAGAAUAAGCGUGUUCAACAAUUUACUCUCGCAUAG